AUGGAGACCCUGGAAGGAGCUGAACUCUGCUUUCCACAGCUUCUCAACACCUCCUGCAGGAAGCCGUUGCAGCAUCGUGCUGAGACCAUAUUCCUUUACAUCUUGCUGUCCUGCAUCUCUUUGCUCACUGUGGCUCUCAACCUGCUGGUCAUCAUCUCUAUCUCUCACUUCAGGCAGCUCCACACCUCCACCAACCUCCUCCUCCUCUCUCUGGCUGUCUCAGACUUCCUUGUUGGCCUCUUGUUGAUGCCGGUUCAAAUCUUUCGUAUAGGGGGCUGCUGGUUUUUGGGAAGCGUGAUAUGUGGACUGAGGCACCAUGCCUCUUUUAUCCUCACAUCUGCCUCAGUAGGAAACAUGGUGCUCAUAUCAGUUGACCGAUAUGUGGCCAUUUGUGAGCCUUUGUGUUACCCCACCAAAGUCACUCACAGAAGAGUUAAAAUCAGUGUUUGUCUGUGUUGGGCCUGCUCUGUGUUGUACAACGGUGUGAUACUGAACGUCUUCCCUAAACAUCCAGAUACAUAUAAUUCCUGCUAUGGAGAGUGUGUAGUUGUAAUUGACUUCAUAACAGGAGCUGUUGACGUGAUGUUGACCUUUAUUGGCCCCAUUACUGUCAUCAUAGUUCUGUAUGUGAAAGUAUUUGUGGUGGCUGUGUCUCAGGCUCGAGCAAUGAGGUCUCAUAUUGCAGCUGUCACACUCCAGGGCUCAGUGAGUGUAACCGCAAAGAAGUCUGAGAGAAAAGCAGCCAGGACUCUUGGUGUUGUUGUGGUUGUUUUUCUGAUAUGUUUCUGUCCUUACUUUUAUCCUGCUUUCUUAGGUGAGGACACAUCAGCCAGCAAUACACUUUCAGCUUUUUUGGUCUGGCUUCUUUAUUGUAACUCUUGUCUAAAUCCAGUGAUCUAUGCUUUCUUCUACCCCUGGUUUAGAAAAUCAGUGAAACUAAUUGUUACACUUCAGAUACUGCAGCCUGACUCCCGUCAUGCACACAUGCUGUAG